AUGGAUGGUCUCUCUGCUGCUGCGAGUAUUAUCGCGGUGGUGCAACUCACGGCUGAGGUUACGAAAUACAUCAUCGGUGUCGCUGGAGCUUCAAAAGAUCGACAGCGACUGCUUGACGAGAUUUUAGCCUGCGAGGCUCUCCUCAUGCGACUCCGCGACUAUUCCAAAGGAACUGACGGACCCGAGAUUGAGGAUUGGGACGCUGACCAGGCAAAGACUCAUAGCGCCCAGACGUGGUCGGUCAAGGUCAAGGCCUUGGAGAGUGACAAUGCACCUUUGUACCGCUUGUAUAAGAUUCUCGAUGCUAUCAAAACAAAGCUGCAACCAGGCCACGGGAGCGGCAUUCAAAAAGUCAAGGCCGCCUUGAAAUGGCCAUUCGAUGAGAAGGAAGUGGCAAAGCUCGUCGAUGCAUUCCAGCGUGAAAGAUCACUUUUGCAUUUCGCCAUGACACACGAAAGCACACAGCUGGUGAAGCACAUCAAGGCAACCUCAGACGACAACAGCAGACAAUUGGCCGAUUUGGUCAGACUUAUCAAGAACAAAUCGACUGAGGAUGAGCAUCGAGUUGCACGACUUGACCGCAUCCUGACUGACAUACAGCUGUCCAACCUCAACAUAGCAGAAGGAAUUGGGCACCUUCAAAAUAGUCAGAUGAGCGCCCACCAGAAAGAAGUCCUCGACUGGAUCUCACCCGUGGAUUAUGCUCCCCAACAGAGCGACAUAUUCAGCCGGCGAGAGCCAGGAACUGGUGAAUGGCUAUUGGAAUCAGACGAGUACAAUUCCUGGGUAAAAGGCGACAAACAAACAUUGUUUUGUCCUGGUAUUCCAGGUGCCGGGAAAACGAUCAUGGCAUCCAUUGUGGUCAAUUCAUUACUCGACUCCUUCCAUUCCGAGAGCAAUAUUGGAGUUGCAUAUAUCUACUGCAACUUCCGCCGGCGCCACGAACAGAAAGCCAGUGACCUCAUUGCGAAUCUUUUAAAGCAACUGAGUGAAAGCCAGCCAUCACUAUUUAAGCCGGUGGAUGACCUAUACAAUAAGCGCAAGGCAUCUCGCACGCGCCCAUCGCUACAGGAGCUUGGUCGUGUUUUGCAAGAGGUUGCCGCGACAUAUUCUCGUGUGUACAUCGUCCUUGACGCUUUGGACGAAUGCGAGACCACCGACGGUACACUACCCAACUUCAUCCAACAAGUACUUGACCUUCAAAGUGCAACAAGUACAAAUAUUCUAGCAACCUCUAGGUAUAUUCCAGAGAUCAAGGAGAAGUUCAGGAAAGCUGUCUCUCUUAAAAUCCGCGCCAGUGAGCCGGAUGUAAGAAGAUACCUGGCUGGUCGAAUGUCUCAACUCCCAGUUUUUGUUCAGAACAAGCCUGAGCUUCAAGAGGAAAUCAAGACAAGAAUACUGGAAUCAGUCCAGGGGAUGUUUCUUCUCGCGCAGCUGCAUCUCGAUUCUCUUGUCGGCAAGAGAUCACCGAAAGCUGUCCGAGCUAUUCUCAAAGCUUUGCCGAGUAACUCAAGCACGUCGAAAGCCUACGACAAAGCGUACGGCGAUGCUAUGAAGAGAAUAGAAGACCAGUUGACAGAUCAAGCGAUAUUGGCUAAAGAAGCACUCAUGUGGAUUUCAUGUGCCAGACGGUUGCUUAGUCCCGCGGAACUUCAACAUGCCCUUGGUAUCGAAAUAGACUCUACGGAGUUUGAUGAGGAAAACCUUAGCGAGAUCCCCGACAUCGUUUCUGCUUGCGCUGGUCUGGUGACCGUCGACGAACAGAGCAACACUGUCCGACUAGCGCAUUUCACGACACAAGAAUAUUUUGAGCGAACACAGGACCAGUGGUUCCCAGAUGCUGCUCUGGAAAUAUCCGUUAAAACCCUGACAUACCUAUCUUACGAUCUUAUCGUUGAUCAAGUCAGAACUGUUCGAGGUCCAAAACCUGACAUGGCGGUACAAAAAGAUGCAGAAAAGUCGGAUUCUGUUAUCGAUCAAUCGAAAGACGAAAAGCCAGGAUCCCCAAAUCCCGGUCUUGGUCGAUCGAAAAGCCAAGACUGGAAGAUCAAAAAUAACGUUGCGGAGAGCGACGAAGACUAUGAUGUUAAGAAGAUGCUCCAAGAUUAUCCGCUGUGUCGAUAUGCAUCAUGUCAUUGGGGUCACCACGCUCGCAACGUCACAGAAAUGCCUGAUAUUGUGAAGGCUUUUUUGUCAUCAGAGAAACUUGUCAAGGUGACUGAGCGUCUGAGAUAUGCUGGUGGAUUCAACCCUGGGACCACAGGCCUUCAUGAGGCGGCGUAUUUUGGGUUCGAAGAGGCCGCAGAAUGGUUGCUGGAGAGAUGCUCGAUCGACGCAAUUGACUCGUAUAACGUGUCGGUUCUUGAGAUGGCAUGUGGCCUUGGUCAUCUUUCGCUCGCUGAAACACUUCUCAAGAAGGGUGCAAAUCUACGCGGAACGCCAAUCACGUAUGCAGCUCGACGAGGGCAAGAUACCAUUGUAAUAUACCUCUUCCAAUACGGUGCGCCACUAGAACCAGGCGCACUAGAGGCGGCUUUCAGACAUUUUGAGGAUUUCAAGAUAUCAGUCGACAAGGUGCCCAUGUUUCAAACGCUGUUGGAACAUGGCGCUGACCCCAACAUAUUAAUUGACGAAACGUCGCGACCUUUACACCAUGCCACUUUGGACAAGGUCGAGCCUCUUGUCCAGCUCUUACUUGAUCACGCGGCUGAUGUGAACGGACGAGACAAGGAAGGCCAAACAGCACUACACUUAGCAGUCGGCUCUGAAAUCGAGUCACUUGUGCGACUCCUCGUGGAUCGUGGAGCCGAUGUUAAUGCGCAAGAUGAUCAAGGUCGCACUCCAAUUUAUUAUGCAGCUGCACAGGGUGUCGAUCCCAUCGUGCAAUUGCUGAUCGAUCAUGGAGCCAAUGGCAACUUGCAUGAUAAAUCUGGACUUUCAGCACUCCAUCUAGCUCUGGCCUCUACUUUCAAUUGUCUCGUCUGGAGUCUUGUUAGUCACGGAGAAGGCAUCGAUUUCCAUGAUGCAACUCACAAAGCUAUCUCGACGGCAGCUGCUGGUAAUUCUCCGAAGCCCAUGGUGCUAAAAGAUAAGCCGCAGGUCAUUUUUGAGGAUUAUCCUUUGAUCACCAUACAUGAGUUGGCGCUUUUUAGAUCUUUGGUUUCUUCGACCUGGCCAUCACGCCGACCUCCAGGUAUCGCAUCUAUGGAAGAAAACCUGGACACCAUGGAAAUAGGGGUUGAAUUGGAGUACGAGCCGCUAAUCGGCACAUUUCUCAGUCGCAUGAGUGAGAAGCGUGUUCUAAUAGAUAAUUUAGAUGAAGCUCUAUACGAUCAAGCUCUGGAAGGCGCCAGGCCUUUUGUUCGAGCAAUGAUAUCCGAGGUCGAGGUUAUUUUGCGAGAAUCUCAGGUUCACUCAUCAGUUGAUAUGCAGAACAUGCACGAGGCACCACACUCUCUGCGGAUGUUGACACAGCAGCUCUCUGCUAUCGAAUUCCAUAGAGAAAUGGUCCUCAGUCUUCUCGUCGACUGUGCAAGGUUAGCAGAGUUGCUAUGGGAAAAUAAUGCGGCUAUAAAAGAAGUUGACGGAACUCGAUACGGUGAGCUUAUGCUGGCAGCUCGAAAGGGCCAAAACUACAUUGACCAGAAACUGCAUGAAAGCAGUGCAGGCGGCACUACAUUGAACACAAUUAGUGGCGAACCCGUGACUUUUGUCAUUCAUUCCACCAGCAUAAGAUUGCGGGAGCUGCGGAAGAAGUUUCACAUUGAACUUGUACCGGAGUCUGACGAAGCCAGCCCUUCUGGCUCCCAGCCGAAGCUCAUAGUGAACCUGCAGCUGAUGGAAGUCGAUAAGGGAUUAGUCAGUGCAGUGUCAUGA